AUGGUGUCCAAGAUCGUCCUCGCCGGGAUCUUGUUUCCUGUUGCCAUCUAUAUUUUGGUGGCCGCCAUCUUGCUCUUCGUUCUGGGAUGCGCAUUGUACGUUUGCUUUGCUAAUUUCCGUCAAUAUGUUCGAAAGAUGUACCGAAAGUUCAAACUCCUUUACUGGCCAGAACAGACCUUCGACUUCCUCGGUCUACCGCCUGAAAUCCGCGUAAUCAUCUAUCGCUACACGCUUCCAAAAGACGGCAUCUACUACCUAACUGCCCGCAAGACGAGGCUUUAUGGCCGGUCUUUGCCAAAAGGACUAAACGGCGAGAAUGUUCAUCCUCCACCCUCUCUACUUCGUCUUUGUCGCCUCGUAUACCAAGAGCUGUGGCCGAUGAUCUACAAGACCUGUGUCUUCUACAUCACCAUAUACUCUAUUCGAGAUCUUCUCUAUGCCUGGAACCUUCUCGACAGAUAUGCAAGCCGCACUACUCCCAGCUCAACGGACAUGUUCUCGCAUAUGAGCAACAUCCGUAUCAGAGUGAACGACCUCAUCCUCAACAUACACCCACUUGAGCACAGCUGCUAUGAGGGAAUGAUUGCAGAGAUUAGUCAAACGGAUCAACUCUGGUUUGGCCCUGGUGCUUCGCUCUUACAAGACAGGUCUCAAGCUGCGAUGAUGGUGGGAGUAUAUCACGGCCGUGGUAUCGUCUCAGAACGCUUUGAUGCUGUAAGCUUACAGGAAUUUAUCACUUCCAUGCUGGGUGUUAGUGUGCUGGACAAGCGCGCUCUGAUCAAGAUGUUACCGUGGUAUCAACGCCAUCAGAGCCGUCGAAAAUCGUCCAAGUCCAAUGUCUAA